AUGGCGCCCCAAAAGCCCCGCUGCACCUUCAAGGAAUGCAGGUCUGCUGCCCAGCGUAUUAUUGGUGACUGCGGUUUCUGCGACGGGCACUUCUGCGCGAAGCACCGGUUGCUGGAGGACCACAAGUGCAGUGGACUAGAAGAUGUAAGCGAUCAUGAUUCCGCGUCCUCGCUCUCCUCCUCCCUCGUGUCAGGCGGCUCCGACUGCCCCACCACCCAGUGGUGGCUGUGCAAGAAGGAGUCACACGAGCGGAAUGCUGCCCAGCUCGAGGCCGAGCGGACACAGGUGAUCCGAGGCGUAUAA